AUGUCGGAUCCUGCACACCAGACCUCGGGCUCGUCCUCGGCCGGCAACACCAACGAUGACGGCUCCUCCCGCCGACCAACUCGCUCAUCCAAUCCUCCGGCAAGACCCCUUCGAGGAGUCGCUUCCCUACGCGGCGCAGCAUCCUUACGAGGUGGCCCUGGGCGAGGAGCUUCCCUUUCUUCAAGCGCCUCCAUGGUCCCAUCGCGGUCUUCGUACGCUGCUCCUGCCUCUGGAACGGCAAGCGCAGCUGGCCCUGGAUCUGGCGUCCGCAUGCAGUUCCGUCCCGUCAUGCCACAGCGUCGCAAAGCAUCUGAAUCACCUGCACCGACAUCAUCGACCUCGAUCGAAGCCUCAUCCGCUUCGCCCCUAGCCACACCCCAUUCUUCGGGAUCAACUCCGAGAGAUUCUGUCAGGGGUCGCGGUCGGGGUAGUGCACGGCCGCCACGCCAGCGAGCUCAAAUGACCGCCUCGGGACCGUUUGCAUUGGGACCAUCAGCACGCCCGACUGGCAAGAAAGUAGCUCCCGUCGGACCCGGCGGGUCCAGUCUUACCUCAGCGGGUGACACUGAGGCUAGCCGCAGCGCGGUCUCCACCAAGACCGACCCCGACCGCGCCUCGUAUCGCAACCCAGACAAGCUCAAGGACGCAGAGCAAUACUCGGAUCCGGAAGACGGUGGUGUCGAGAUUGUCGAUAUGGACGAAGUGCACAUCCUCGACGAACUUGCACCGCGCUCCUUGCCCCGCGUAGCAGAGAAGGAAACCAAGAAGGAGAAACAGAGAGCCACCGAUGCUCGACAGAAGAAGAUGGACGGUCGUCUUCUCAAGGAAGAUCGCGACGCAAAUCCAAACGCAACGAUCCGUGUCAAGUCAGAAGACCCUGAUGAUCUCAUGGGCAACCUUGACCCAACCGCCAACGGAUCCUCGUCGUCGGCAUACAUCUCGAGUACCUCGGCAACACCGCAACCCGAAGUCAACACCGCCGACGCUUUGGAUCUCAGCGAGAGCGAAGGCGAGGAGCUCAUGGACGAUCUUGUCGACGAUUUCGUCUUGCACGACGAAGACGACGUCAACCCUGAAAACCGCCUAUACCUUUUCCAAUUCCCACAGCUUUUCCCCAAGUUCAAAGCGUCGAAGCCGGCCGGUGGCGAUGCAGCCGCCCCAACCGCUGCAGCACCCGCAAAUGACACAGCCAGCAAGCGCCGCAGCGUCUCCUUUGCCGAAGGCACAACGGGAGGCGCUGGUCAAGCCCGCCCCUCUCCAACCAAACCCGAAGCCGCACCCAGCUCGGAACUCGACUCUGACACCGAUUCUGCAGCCGACUCCGAAGACGACAAGAAAAAAGCCAAUCCCUCCAGGAGCAAGAAAGAGGGCCUGGUGGGGAAGCUCGACGUCUACCGCGACGGCCGUGUGUUUCUCCGUUUCGGCGAGCUCCUCAUGGAAGUCACCGGCGGAUCGCAAAGCACCUUCCUGCAGCAAGUCAUGCUCCUGGACCCCACCAACCGCACUGCCACCAACCUGGGCGAGUUGCACCGCAAAUUCAUCGUCAGUCCCGAACUCGACUGUAUGCUCAACGAUAUCAGUCUGUACGAUGAGGAGCAGAGGGUGCUGGACGAAACCAGGCGGAAGAAGGAGGAAGAGAAGGCCGAGGCGGAUCGGGCCAAGUACGGCGCCGGCGCCGGGGCGUCUGGGUUUGGUGGUCUUGGUGGCAGAUAG